UCUCAAAAUGGUACUGCUUGUCCGUACUGAUUUACAAAUGAGCCAAGGAAAAAUAGCUGCUCAAUGUUCUCAUGCAACGUUGGAAUGUUAUUUAAGGGCAAGAAAGCGUCUAGCUGCUCGAAUGGCUGCUCAAGCAUGGCUCAUAGUAGGGCAACCAAAAAUUGUGCUCAGAGUUAAGGAUGAACAGGAACUCCAGUCACUUGCUAGACAAGCAGAAAAGAUUGGGCUGGUAGUGGCUACAGUAGCAGAUGCAGGCAGGACUCAGUUAAAACCUGGUACUAUAACUGUAGCUGGAAUUGGCCCUGGGUCAAAGGAAAAGAUUGACAGCAUAACACAGCAUUUAAAAUUAUUAUGA